CCAUCUCGCACAUGCGCACUGCAGAUCGGGUAGUGACAAUCGCAACUGCGCAAGUCUCGCUUGUCUCAAACAAGCCUAGUUUGAUGCUACUCAGCUAGCCAGUUUUAGCCGAGCAUGCAGAGCGGUCAGCCUGUCGGACCACCACUGCAGGACCGGAGGAUGCACCACUGACAGUGAUCUGUGAGGAUGAGGAGCCGCAGUAACUCCGGGGUGAGACUGGACGGCUAUGCCAGGCUGGUCCAAGAGACUAUCCUGUGCCACCAGAACCCAGUGACAGGACUUCUGCCAGCCAGUGCCCAGAAGAAGGAUGCCUGGGUGAGGGAUAAUGUUUACAGCGUCUUGGCUGUGUGGGGGCUGGGCAUGGCCUACCGCAAGAAUGCAGACAGAGACGAAGACAAGGCCAAGGCCUACGAACUGGAGCAGAGUGUGGUGAAGCUGAUGCAGGGCCUUCUGCAGUGCAUGAUGAGACAGGUGGCCAAGGUGGAGAAGUUCAAAUACACCCAGAGUACAAAAGAUUGCUUGCAUGCCAAAUAUGAUACUCCCACCUGUGCCACGGUUGUUGGGGACGACCAGUGGGGCCAUCUCCAGGUAGACGCCACCUCCAUUUACCUGCUGAUGCUGGCCCAGAUGACAGCCUCAGGUCUUCGCAUUAUCUCAAACCUGGAUGAAGUGGCUUUUAUCCAAAACAUGGUCUUCUACAUAGAGGCUGCAUACAAAGUGGCGGACUAUGGGAUGUGGGAGCGAGGUGACAAGACCAACCAGGGCAUCCCAGAGCUCAAUGGCAGCUCUGUAGGGAUUGCUAAGGCAGCCCUGGAGGCCAUAGAUGAGCUGGAUCUUUUUGGUGCUCAUGGAGGUCCAAAGUCAGUCAUCCAUGUUUUGCCUGAUGAAGUGGAACAUUGUCAGUCCAUCCUUUGCUCCAUGCUGCCAAGAGCUUCAACUUCAAAGGAGAUAGACGCUGGGCUUCUGUCCGUCAUUUCCUUCCCUGCGUUUGCUGUUGAGGAUGCUGAACUCGUGGCCAUCACUAAGUCGGAAAUCAUAAGCAAACUGCAGGGUCGCUAUGGAUGCUGUCGCUUCAUCAGGGAUGGAUAUCGAUGUCCUAAAGAGGACCCAUCUCGGCUGCACUACGAUCCUGCAGAGCUUAAGCUGUUUGAGAAUAUCGAGUGUGAGUGGCCCGUCUUCUGGACCUAUCUCAUCCUGGACGGUAUCUUUGCUGGAGAUCAAGUACAGGUUCAGGAGUACCGUGAGGCACUGGAGGGCAUUUUGAUCAGAGGGAAGAACGGCAUCAAACUGUUGCCUGAACUUUAUGCUGUACCACUUGACAAGGUGGAGGAGGAGUACAGCAAUCCUCACUCAGUGGACAGAUUAGCCAUGGGGCAGCUGCCGCACAUGUGGGGACAGUCGCUCUACAUCCUGAGCUGUCUCCUGGCCGAGGGCUUUUUAGCACCAGGAGAAAUAGAUCCUCUCAACCGGAGAUUCUCUACGAACUUCAAGCCCGAUGUUGUGGUACAAGUGUGUGUACUAGCAGAGACUGAGGAGAUCCAGGAGCUGCUGAGAGAUCAUGGGAUCACUGUGCAGACAAUGGCUGAGGUUCUGCCCAUCAGGGUCAUGCCUGCUCGCAUCCUGAGCCAUGUCUAUGUCAAACUUGGAAGCUGUAAGAAACUGAAUUUGAGCGGGAGGCCCUACAGACACAUCGGUGUUCUGGGAACAUCCAAAUUCUACGAGAUCAGAAAUCGCUCUUAUAUUUUCGCCCCCCAGUUUCUGGAUCAGCACCAUUUCUACCUGGCACUGGACAACCAGAUGAUCGUGGAGAUGUUACGCACCGAGCUGGCCUAUCUCUCCUCUUGCUGGAGGAUGACAGGACGGCCCACACUCACUUUCCCAAUCACCCGCAGCAUGCUGGUUGAAGAUGCAGACGCGAUUGACCCGUGUAUCGUAUCAACCCUCAGGAAACUGCAAGAUGGCUAUUUCGCUGGAGCAAGGGUGCAGAUGUCAGACCUCUCCAGUAUCCAGACCACGUCCUUCCACACUCGCCUCAGCUUCCUGGAUGAGGAGAACGAUGACAGCUUACUAGAGGAUGAUGAUGAUGAUGAGGAGGAAUAUGGAGAGAAAUACAACAACUAUGUUCCCUUGGAGGGCUCAAAAGACCAGUUUGACCAGUACCUCACCCAGCUGCUCCACAGCACCACCACCAAGAGUCAUCUUCCUCCCAUCCAGAGAGGGCAGCACCACGUCUUCAGUGCUGAACACACCACCAGGGACAUCCUGUCCUUCAUGGCCCAGGUCCAGGGCCUGAACAUGCCAAAGUCUUCCAUGUACCUGCCUGUGACUCCUAUUAAGACCAAACGCCGCAAAGCUCUCAACCUACUUAAUGUUCCUGCUCAACCUCAGCAUGGCCCACAGACAAAGCAGCACAAGCCCCACAGUGCUGCUGACCUGCACCUGCCCAGAGACUCGCAGGGGAACACAGACUUUGCAGCGCUGGUGCGGCAGCUAAAAGAGUGUCCGACGCUGCAGGACCAGGCCGACAUACUCUACAUCCUUUAUAUAAUGAAAGGAGCUGAUUGGCUGGUGGAGUUGUCAGGUCAGGGGCAGGGCGGGGUCAGCGUGCGGUCCCUGCUGGAGGAGCUGUAUGAACAGGCUGGGUCCUCCAAAGAGUGGGGGCUCAUCAGAUACAUCUCUGGGAUCCUACGCAAGAGAGUGGAGGUCCUCGCUGAGGCCUGCACGGAUCUGAUUUCUCAUCACAAGCAGCUGACUGUAGGUCUUCCCCCUGAGCCCAGGGAAAGAGUCAUCACAGUUCCUCUUCCUCCUGAGGAGUUAAACGAUCUCAUCUAUGAAGCCAGUGGUCAGGACAUCAGUAUAGCUGUUCUCACACAGGAAAUCAUGGUCUAUCUAGCCAUGUACGUGCGGUCGCAGCCCGCUCUGUUUGGGGACAUGCUCCGGCUCAGGAUAGGACUCAUCAUGCAGGUGAUGGCCACGGAGCUGGCUCGCAGCCUACACUGCUCCGGGGAAGAGGCGUCUGAGAGUUUAAUGAGCCUUAGUCCUUUUGGCAUGAAGAGCCUGCUGCAUCACAUCCUCAGUGGCAAAGAGUUUGGGGUGGAGAGAAGCGUGCGCCCAAUCCAGUCAACAGCCACUAGUCCUUCCAUCUCCAUCCAUGAACUUGGUCACACUGGAGCCACCAAGACUGAACGCACAGGAAUACACAAACUGAAGAGGGAGAUAAAACAGCUGGAUGACUCUCGGCCUAUCAGUAUCUUCAGCGGCGGUCAUUCCUUGAGUAGCAAUGUCACUUCUCCUCGUUCCACGCGCUGCAGCAGCCCCUCCACCCCCAGUGGUAUCCUGUCCCCGGUGGGCGCCGGCCCGGGUGACGGGCAGUUGCACUGGGAGGAGAGGCAGGGCCAGUGGCUGAGGAGGCGCAGGUUGGAUGGAGCCAUCAACAGAGUACCGUCGGGUUUCUACCAGAAGGUGUGGAAGAUCCUGCAGAAGUGCCACGGCCUGUCCAUCGAUGGAUAUGUCUUGCCCUCCUCGACCACAAGAGAGAUGACAGAGGGAGAGAUCAAGUUUGCAGUGCAGGUGGAGUCUGUCCUGAACCACGUCCCUCAGCCAGAGUACCGGCAGCUGCUGGUGGAGACCAUGAUGGUUCUGGGCCUGGUGGCCGACGUGGACGUGAACAGCAUCGGUGGCAUUAUUCACGUGGACCGCAUCCUGUAUCUGGCCAAUGACCUCUUCCUCAAUGACCAGAAGUCCCACAGUGCCAGUGAUUAUUUCCUUGAGAAAGACCCAGCUACCGGAAUCUGCAACUUUUUCUACGACAGCGCCCCCAGUGGCAGCUUCGGCACCAUGACCUACCUGUCCAAGGCGACCAUCACUUAUCUCCAGGACUUCCUGCCAGGCUCCAGCUGCCUGAUGCAGUGAACAGACUGAACACCUGGAGAGACAAGCUUCAUGGUAAAGAAUCCUCUGGCCCGAGGCAGCAAAGCUUCUCGUUAUCAGCUUAUACAUUUCCUGUGGUGCUUGUGAGUAUUUACUCUUCAAUUCACUCGCCUUGGCAGCUGAUUUCAAACCACUACAUAGGAGUAUAUUUUUCCUUUUUUAGCAACUGGUCUCUGAAUUUAUUUAUUUAUUAAAUGUGCAGCUUGAGUGUGUUUUAUGUACAAUCAUACAUUUUAUGUACAUUUAAUUGAAAAAUUAUAAGCACAUGUAUAUGCUGUUGGUGUUGUGUGUGAGUAUAUUAUUAUAUGAACAGUUAUCUGUCCUGUAAUUAUCUGUUAUAAUUAUACUGAGCCUGGAUGUUUAUAACAGAAAAUAGUUUGAUUUGAAAUUUUUUUUUCUUUAUAGCAAUCAUUUCUAUUUGUCAUCCCUGGUACUUUAUUGUUUAAAGUAUUUAGAAGUCUAAUAAUGUAUUGUGCUUCUGCAGUUGAUAAUCCUCAAUAUCCCAUCAAAUACUAAAAUAAUAUAUCAAUCAUGGAACAUUUAUUAACCUUGAUUUACUUCUUCCCCCACAAAUUAAUAAUUUGUGCAUAUGACUUAACAUUAGUCUUACCUCUGAUAGCAUGCAGGCUCUUUAUACUUUAGUGUUGAUGAUAAUAAAACUAACAUGGUGUGGUAUUUUGUCAACAUUAGGCCGUACGGGAACGAGAAUAAUAGUUUUCCUUGAAUGGCGGCAAUGUUUUUUGUCUUUUUGGAUGUGUUGUUUGUUUUGUACAAUGAAUGAAGACUAAUCCGUCUGUCUGCAUAUGAAUGACACACCAGGGUUUUGUCACUACAUUGCAAGUAAACAUUUAGCAUGUACCUCGACAUAUUCAUGGUGUGCUCAUUUAUGUACAGUUAAAGUACAUUUAUUAUAAAUAUGUAGGGUAAAAGUCUGCCUUAGCAGAGGAACAUAUAAGUGUUCUUUAUGUAUACAAUGUUUAUAAUAUGAUUUGUACAUAAAGAGCGACAUGAAAGUAAAGCCAGAUUUUGGUAAGGAACAAGAGAGGUCCGGAGUAUGUUGAAUAAGGUCUCAGUAAGUGUGAAAAGCAGAGGGAAGACAAAAAGUUGCAAACAACUUUUGUCCCAGUGCUUUGAUUUGAAAAGAAACGACAGCGAACAGUUGAGUAUGACCUAUGUGGAUGCUGACCUAGUGCUGAAAUAUUACAAUAACAAAUAUAAAUAGAAUAUUAUUUAAAAAAAUAUAUAUAUAUAACAUUAUAUUUUACUAUGUUAACAGAUCUCCUUUUUACCCGUUUUAUUAUUUUAACAAUGCACUGUCUACUCAUUUCCAUUAUUACAAUAUGUUUAUGUUCAUGCAAUAAAAAAAUAAUUUGACUAACAA